GUGGCGGUUGUUUCAAGAUGGCGGAGGUGGCCGCUGGGCCGGGCGGAGGUGCUUAUUGGAGUCGGGACAUUUCUGAUGAAGAACAGCCGAUGAUACCUGUUUCAGGAGUGUCUACAAAAGGAAAUUUAAGAACAAGGAAUUUGCCAAAAUAUCAGAAAAGUAAAGCUGACCUAAAGGUGCCUGUAGCUGUUGCGUCUGUUUCCAUGGAUUCUGUUAGAAGCACAGGAGAUCUGACAGGGCAGCAGGUAACUAAUGAAGGAGGAAUGAAGAGUGCUUCUUUAAAGGAUUUGUGUCCUGAGGACAAGAGACGCAUUGCAAACUUAAUUAAAGAACUUGCCAGGGUAAGUGAAGAAAAAGAGGUGACAGAAGAACGGCUGAAAGCUGAGCAGGAGUCAUUUGAGAAGAAGAUCAGACAGCUAGAGGAACAGAAUGAACUUAUCAUCAAGGAAAGGGAAGCUCUGCAGCAGCAGUACAGAGAAUGCCAGGAACUUCUGAGCCUUUAUCAGAAGUACCUAGCUGAGCAGCAGGAAAAACUAUCGCUCUCCCUUUCUGAACUCAGUGCUGCCAAGGAAAAGGACCAAAAGGUUUCCAGUAAGAAGAGCUCAUGCCAGCGACCACCACGGGAGCUAGAUUGUUCCUACUUGGGUGUUGGGCGCCCUCAAACUUUUUAUAAGAACAGCAGAGCACCAAAUGCUGGAAGCCCAGCUUAUGUUGCACUGUCUGAGCCUUGCAGGAAUAAUCAUGAUUAUGUGACUGAAAUACAUUACAACCAUCAGGAACAUCUGAAGGAAUACCCAAUAGAAAAUGGCCUGCACAGAAAGUGUAACAAUAUGAUUUCCCCAACAAAGCAGAGGAGCCCUCGCCAUGUAAAACCAGCUCAGGAGAUGGACCAGAAAGCAAAUGAAUUUCAGAGUAUGUACCCUCAGCAAGUGAGUCACGGUUGUGCCUGCAGGCAUGUAGGGAGCUCAGGGAACGUGCUAGAGAACCACCAUGUCAGCCAGGUACUUAGAAGACACACUGGGCCAGUUCACAAAACCUUUGAAAAACCUUGGAGCUAUCAAGUUUCUGGGCUGAAUGACAGCAUGGACUCAGGGCAUAAAGAAACAGAGCAGGCUAAAAGGUUGUAUGAAGAAAGAAGGCAGAAGCUGGUUCUUCAGAAAAUGGAGCUGGAAAUAGAAAAGGAACGACUCCAACAUUUAUUGGCUAAGCAAGAAGCAAAACUGCUCCUAAAACAGCAGCAACUACACCAAUCCCAUAUGGAUUAUAACAGGUUUAGAGGCCACGUUCCUGGUUCAGAAGAUGUGCCCAUUGAUGAAGCACUUGAAAAACUUGCUUUGAUGAUGAACGGCAACAGCAUGGAGCUAAGUGUACCGGUGUUGAAACAUAAAGAUUAUUUUCCAAGGACAUCUCCAGUGAGCAAAACCUCCAGAACACCAGGGAACAGUGGUGGAAACAGUUCUGGGAAGAAAAUAGUUGGUUUUGGUGGAGACGUGGAAGAUGGGCAAACCCUUCUGAUGCAAACCAAGAGGGAAGGCACCAAGUCAAGGAAAGGGAUGACUUCAGGACCUAGGAAGGAUGCAGCCACAUCUCCUGGGCUGAUAGGCAGCAGCAAAGAGCUUGCAACCACAGCCACAUCACCAACUCAGCAUAAUACUUCAUGGUACAAAGCCUGUCUUCUUGACCUGGUUGAAGCUACGAGUCCAAUAUCUGCCCCAGGACACCUCUGCAGAGAAUCUUACGACAGGAACAAAAUGCACAGGCCUCGUCGUGGGAGCUACAGGCCAUCGUCUUGGAGCCAGACCCCACAAAGCUCCAGAAGCAGAGCAGAUGAGCUAGAGGAGAGCCAGCUCCUUGAGGAUAUUUUCUUCAUUUGAUUCACCUCAUUGUUCUACAGCCCUUCUGCAGAAUUUUUAGGACCUUUUCAUUGCUGAUUUGUUUGUGUUAUAUUUGAGUGGCAACUACCUGUCUUCCUUCUUCUAACACAUAACUGAUUAGCAUCCAGUUUCAUUUUGGGUUUAGUAAUCAUGGUGCAAGAACAUUGGUGGGGUUGACCAAUCAGACAUUGUUAACUUUUUUUCUAAUCCUUUCAUGUGCCAAGUAAUCAUUCUAAAAUAGAAUUUCUAAAAUCUACAACAUUUUCUAAUAGAUUGAAGUCAGUUUUUCCAGCCUUUUAUCAGAAGUAUAUCUCAUUAUUGAUUUUUAGCUCUAAAGCAGUUACAAGAGCUGCCUGACAUUCAAGAGCCACCACAUUCAAAAUAGAUUAUUUUCUAAUUAAACAAGCCUGUUUAAAACCUGUCAUGUUAUAAAGGUACAAGCACUUUAGUAUUUUUUUCAGUGACUUUAUGAUCAACAUUCCAAUAUUUAACAUGCUGGGGUUUUAAGGGGUAUAUUGUAAGCUCAAAUAUACAGUGUCUAAUAACAUUAAUAGACAAUGCUGCAGGUUGAUGUACUAGGCAUCUGUCUGAAAUAUUUUCCUCUUUAAAUCAGUGCUAUUUGACAGAGUUUAUGUGCUGGGUAACCUAACCCUGAAAUAGCAGAACACAGUCAGACAUUGUAAUGGUCCAAAACCUGUUUGAUGUACUUUUCAAGAUGAAAUAUAUUGUAGUGGUAGUAUAAGAAUGAUCUUAAGACAUUUUCAGUAACUUGCACUAUUUUGAUCCUGUAUCCAGACUCCACUGUAAAUAAGACAAAUCAGUAAUUAUUUCCACAAGCAGCUCACAAUGCACAUUUCCCUGCUGGCUUUAAUUAUUCAUGCUAUAUCUAUUUCAGUUUAUUUAAAUGCACUUCCAUCUACUGCAUGUACUUGGUUAUUUAAAGAAAUAUGCCGAAUUGGUAAAAAUGACUGCAGAUUACAGGAUUAAUGGUCAUUUUCUCCACAAUGCAGUGUUCAUAUUUUAUUGUAACAGUAGCCACCGGCAUAUGUUCCUAGAAAUAUAAGGCUAAAAUACUCAUUUUGCACAGUAAAAUUGCAGCAAGGGAAAGGUAGAAUUGAGCCAGCAUGGGCAAGUUCUAGGCCAUUUGCUCCCAAACAACACUUUGUGGGCCAGUACAGCUUUUCUGACAGUCUCUUUAGGCAACCCUGGUUAUCUUAAUGGCAGCGAGUUGCUGUACUGAUCCCUGGGGUAUCGCUGCUGCCUGCCUUUCACGUGUUCACUCCUCUGCAACGUUUGCUGCUCUGCGAGGAGCUAGCCAGGCUUCGCAGUGAGGCCCGCGGUGCAUCUCUGAUGAGAGCAUCAGUGCAGGAUAUCAAGCAUGUGCCCCGGGCAGCACCACGUUCUUACAGCAGGGAAACAAAAGGAGAAUGAAGGGGAAGAUGAACCUCAGGUUACUCUGAGCUGCUUCAUUCAGGCCCAGUCUUGAUCACAAAUUAGGUGACACCCUUUCUGUACUCCCUAGCUGAAAUUCAACAGCAGCUUGGAGAAGUUUAAAGGAGGGCAGCAGCACUGCUGGACUAGGAAAUGACUACUGUGGAAAGGCCCUGCUUGGUCUCUCCUGUUGUUAGUGAAGUGUUGUAGUUCUUUUGAAUAUGUCUAUUUGCUGUUGAAUGUCCCUGUUGUUCUUCUCCCUGAGCCUGCAAAGGCACACAUUUCUGCUUAAAGCCCCAAAGAUACAUUCGGUGCCCUGACCCAAGUAUAGCAGAUGGGGAUAUAGUUUUUUUCAUUCUGCUGAAUAGUCUGUUUCUUUAAGAGGGCAGAGAAAGGGAGGGGACAGAAGAGAAAAAUGUACAAGGAGCAGUAGGAAAUCUGUGGGUAACCAUGAAGAAAUGACCAGCACAUAGGUCUUAGGGUUUGGAACUAGUUUAUGGUGGUUUUUUAGGGUUUUGUUUGUUUUUGUUAAAGUUUGGUAUUUAUAAAGAAACAUUUCUCUGAUUUCAGUCCAAUUGCUUCUCUUUUUUUUCCAGUUUGACUGAAACUUUAAUUGCCUUUUCUAAUAAAUGCUAACUGACCUUUUGAAAGAACAAAAAAAUAUGUGUAUGUAUAUCUCUUGAAAGGUUCCUUUGUGUACCCAGUUGAGAACAUUGUGUGGGAGCAUUCUAUUCUUUGGUUUCUUUGUGGGUGCUAAUAUUUCACUGCUUUAGGAUUCCUUAGGAUGCAUUUUGCCCAUUAACAAUUGUAAUUCUGAGGGUGACUUUUGACUUUAAUCUGGUUUUGGUAGUAGCUCUUUUUAAAAGAACAUUGUCAGGUUUGUGGGCUCUGUGCUUAAGGUGCUGCCCGUCAGCUACAUGGGAGGCAUACCUUUAUGCAGCAAAGAUUUCUAGAAUUAAGGUGGUUGGAACAUCUGAUGGGUGAAGACCUACAUGUUUUAACUGUGAGAUGUGGAUGAAGAAACAAAAGCUAUUAAUUUGGUGGACCCUGUGAAAAGUCAUUUUUUGUAAUGCUGGCUGUUACUCUAAUUAUCAGCAGUACAUUAGGAAUAGUGUUUAGCAGUCAGUGCAAGCGAAGAUAUUUUGCCAUGAGGCACUACAAAGUUGAAGUUAUUAAAACAUUUAUAGCCUUAGAAGAAAAAAAAUCAAUGAUUGUCAAACAAGAAGGGACAAAAUCAGUAGCUGGGACUGGGAGGGGAAUGUUUUCCAUCUGCUAAAACAGUAGAGGAAAUGCAAAAAUUAAACUAGCAAAAGCAAUCACUUGACAGUGUCCUUUUAAGCUCCUAUAUUAGGAAGCUGCGGUUGGGGAGUUCGUCAAGCCAUAGACUGUUUGUCCAGUGUUCCCGUCAAUAUGCUUCAGCUACACAUCGGGCUGUGUUUUACACGAGGCUUUGUGGAGCUGAGGCUCCCACCUAUGCCUUCACCUUGUGCUCUUUCCGAGUGGCUCGUACACACACGCUUGAUGAGUGCUUGGGUGGUCUUGCGUUUGUGCACCUUGCACGCAGUGGACCUGUAGCAAUCACACGCUUUCCACCCCUAGCCUCUCCAGUCACGCUGUUGAAUCCUGUCUUGAACAUACCUUUAUAUAUGUAUGUGAGGUCUUAAUCGAAUACAUUAUAUGGGGGUUUCAUUUA